CCAUCGGAGCUAUUUCGGAAUGGUGGAGAUGGAAGCCAAAGUGGAUGCUAAUAAAAGGAAAAUCAGGCAGCCACUUUCGGUUCCAUUCCUAUGGGAGGAGAGGCCUGGAAUAGCAAAGAAAGAUUGGAAACCAGUGGCUUCUUCAGUUACUAGCACAUUACCACCUCCAACUCCAACUCCGAUCAAGCUUAUAGCUUCGGUACCCUUUAAUUGGGAGGAAAAGCCCGGUACACCGUUACACACCUUCUCCUGGGCUCCGGUGGAACCAAUGGCUUCGCCCCUAUCACCAAUGCUCACCACUCUGCCUCCAACUCCAACCAAGCUUAUAGCUUCAGUUCCCUUUAAUUGGGAGGAAAAGCCGGGGACACCCUUACCCGGCUUCUCCCAGCCUGCGGUGGAGCCGACGAUUGUGUCCCAAUCAGAAAUGUUCAUGAUUCUGCCUCCACCUCCGGUAUACUCUCCGGCUUAUUUUAAUGGCUGCAGCAACAAUGAUGACCUAGGUGACGGCAGAGAUGAGCAAGCAGUUUUUGAAAUGGAUAUGGAAGCAUUUGGUUUUGAAACUGAUGAUUCCUUUAGCUCAGCUCCAUCCACAGCGAUUUCCACUAUUGUUUCAAAGCAGAGAAAUCACCGGACGGAUAACGGCAGCGACCAUCUGGAAACGCUUUCCUCACCAGCUUCAGAAACUGAUAGUACAAGCAGCUAUGCAACUGGCGCUGCAAACCUUGCAGGGGCUUCUUUCUUGGAAUGCCUGUUUCCACUGCUUUCACCUCGUUCUGGUUUCCUGGAAACCGACAGGUACCCUGAACAGAAGUCUCGAGCUCGAAGGGAUUUUGAGCUAGAGAGUAAUAUAAGGAGGCCACCAACACUUGGAGAGCUGAUAAUGAUGAGCAGGAAGAGAAGUUAUCAAAGAAAGGCUGCUCAAAUAAGAGAGAAGAAUAUCUCGAUGGAAUUGCUGAAGGAAAGAGCUCCUGGAUGCUGCAUCUUUGGAACUGACAUCAUUGAAUGAUUGCAAUUGAAGAAGUUCCAACCAAGACUGAAAUUCUUCUAGAAGAGACCAAGAGGGCA